CGCUGCUGCGUCUGCAGCCAUGAGUAUGCUCAGGCUGCAGAAGAGGCUUGCCUCUAGCGUCCUCCACUGUGGUAAGAAGAAGGUCUGGUUGGACCCCAAUGAGACCAAUGAAAUCGCCAAUGCCAACUCCCAUCAGCAGAUCUGGAAGCUGAUCAAGGACGGGCUGAUCAUCUGGAAGCCUGUGACCAUCCAUUCCCGGGCUCGAUGCCGGAAAAACACUUUGGCUCCAUGGGAGGGCAGGCAUAUGGGCAUAGGGAAGUGGAAGGGUACUGCCAAUGCUCGGAUGCCUGAGAAGGUGACCUGGAUGAGAAGGAUGCGGAUCCUGCGCCCACUUCUCAGGAGAUACCGUGAAUUCAAGAAGAUUGACCGCCAUAUGUAUCACAGCCUGUAUAUGAAGGUCAAGGGGAAUGUCUUCAAAAACAAGCGGAUUCUCAUGGAACACAUCCACAAGCUGAAGGCAGACAAGGUCCACAAGAAGCUCCUGGCUGACCAGGCUGAGGCUCGCAGAUCUAAGACCAAGGAAGCCUGAAAGCAC